UUUCCUUUUAGCUUUUGUAAGUUACACGUCAAAAUGGCCGAUCUGACAUCGGUGCUCACUUCUGUUAUGUUUUCUCCCUCUAGUAAAAUGUUUAUCGGUGGACUGAGCUGGCAGACCUCACCAGAUAGCCUUAGAGACUAUUUUAGCAAAUUUGGAGAAAUUAGAGAAUGUAUGGUCAUGAGAGAUCCCACUACGAAACGCUCCAGAGGCUUCGGUUUCGUCACGUUCGCAGACCCAGCAAGUGUAGAUAAAGUAUUAGGUCAGCCCCACCAUGAGUUAGAUUCCAAGACGAUUGACCCCAAGGUUGCAUUUCCUCGUCGAGCGCAACCCAAGAUGGUAACAAGAACGAAGAAAAUAUUCGUAGGCGGGUUAUCUGCGAACACGGUGGUGGAAGAUGUAAAGCAAUAUUUCGAGCAGUUUGGCAAGGUGGAGGAUGCCAUGCUGAUGUUCGAUAAGACCACCAACAGGCACAGAGGGUUUGGCUUUGUCACUUUUGAGAAUGAAGACGUUGUGGAGAAAGUCUGUGAGAUUCAUUUCCAUGAAAUCAAUAAUAAAAUGGUAGAAUGUAAGAAAGCUCAGCCGAAAGAAGUCAUGUUCCCACCUGGGACAAGAGGUCGGGCCCGGGGACUGCCUUACACCAUGGACGCGUUCAUGCUUGGCAUGGGGAUGCUGGGCUAUCCCAACUUCGUGGCGACCUACGGCCGCGGCUACCCCGGGUUCGCUCCCAGCUACGGCUACCAGUUCCCAGCCCUAUUACCAUAUUUAAAUGCAAGCUUCCCAGCAGCGGCUUACGGACCAGUGGCAGCAGCGGCGGUGGCGGCGGCAAGAGGAUCAGUCCUGAAUAGCUACAGUGCUCAACCGAAUUUUGGCGCGCCCGCUUCCCCGGCAGGCUCCAACCCGGCGCGGCCCGGAGGCUUCCCGGGGGCCAACAGCCCAGGACCUGUCGCCGAUCUCUACGGCCCUGCCAGCCAGGACUCCGGAGUGGGGAAUUACAUAAGUGCGGCCAGCCCACAGCCGGGCUCUGGCUUCGGCCACGGCAUAGCUGGACCUUUGAUUGCAACGGCCUUUACAAAUGGAUACCAUUGAGCAGGUGCUUUCGUUGCCAUCUCACUCUGAGAGCAUACCUGGAUGUCCAGGCAAGACUGGGCGAAGUUUCUGAGUGGCCCUUUGUUUAGGUGAUGUCAUCAGACCUGGACCCCCACCAGCUUCACUCCCCAUCCCAACCAGAGAUGGCUCGCUUCGGAUCGAGGGUUGACACAUCUCAUCAUCUCACGAGUCUGCUGUAAUAUAAGACAACAGCUUUUCAAUGUGUAUAUAACCCAUGAUUUUGGUUUUGUUUUGUUUUUGUUUUUCUUGAUGGUUUCCCUUCCCCUUCUCUCUUGCCCCUUCUCCUUUGAAAUCUCUUUGAAUCACAUUUAGUAGUGAUUUUGACUUAGUCCAGUAGUCAUAUAGCUUUAAUAUCUAGUUAAAAGCUAACCAUAGUAUAAUUGUUAUAUUAAGGUAUUUUUUUCUUUAAAAAAAAACUUUUUUUGCUUGUUUGGAUUCUGUUCUCACUUUUAAAGGAUGCUGAGAUGGUAAUAUUACUCUCAAUAUUUUGGUACCAAUUCUGAGACUGUAUGGAUUUCCAGGUGCAACUUGAGCGCGCAGGGGGAAGCGCGGGCGCGAAGUGUGGAGGGGGGCGGGCACUGGCUUUCCACUUGCGCUGUCCGAGGAGUGAGAUGCAGUAGGCUAAUCACAGACUGCGCAGUUCUUUUUGGUGAUGUCUCUUUGUUAACCUAAGUAUAUCUAUUUUCGGCAAUAAGGUAAGGAUGACCAUGUUUCGAGUGUCCUCCUUUUCUAUAAGUGCUUUUUUUCUGUUAAAAGAGGUGAUAUAAGGUUUUUUGAAAUUGUGACUUCUAAAAAAAAAAGAAAUGUUGUAAAUACAAUUCCAUUAACUACAUAGAAACUAUUAAGAAAGAGAGAAUCAAAAAUAUUUUUGUGAGGGAGUCGGUCCCAGGCAGCUCGAUGCUCGGCGGCGGGAGGAGGGGAUGGAACCAGAACCCAGUCAGUUGCUGAGGCUGAAGAACACCCAGCUGCCAGGACGACCCCGGGAAGAGUUGGAACACUGUUUAGCUCCUCUUGUCUGUGUGAUAGACUCGAUUAGUGUCAUACCAGCAUAUUAACCUCUCGUCUGUGCACAGCUUCAAAUGUAACCGUCUAGUUAGAUUUUUAUUUAAAAUAUGAAAAACCGCUUUUCCCAAGACGUUUUUUAAAAACAAAGCUACAAUUUUAAUAUUUAACAUAUUUAAAGUUUCAAAGCACAUCUGUUUGGCUUGGGUAGGGAGGGGUGGGGAGACAUCCUUUUUCAGUCUUAAUUUUUAAAUAUUUGAUCAUUUUCUAUUGUCCAAUCAUUUCAGCACCUCUAAAGGGCCCUGGGACACUUGGCCUCUCUUCUCUUCACCCCCCCCCAACGUCCCUCACCCGCCCCCAGCUCUGGGGCCCCCAGGCCAGGAGUGUAUAAGCCUGCAUUAAUGAAACCUUUUCUCCAUUCACUUUCUAUUUACAAAUUAGGAAAGCAACCUUUCGGUUUAUAUAUUAUUUUUAAUACCUCAGUGCUGCAAGUAUCACCAGAGAGGCUAUGGAAGAAUUUUUUUUUUUAAUUUAUUGUAGAUGUAAACAGAAUUUUAAAAAUAAAAAGUAUAAACAUC